GAGUGCAGGUGAGCUGCUUGUCUCCUGUGCAGUGAUACUGAGCGACGGGAGACAAUGGAAAGAGAGACAGCUCAGGGGCGCACGGACCUGCCCCGAGAAUUCACAGCAAGAGACACGGGUCCAGAACUUUACUUCAGAAGCAGAAGGUGAUAGAAUUCCACUGGCCGAGACUGCAUUUGCACUACCUACCUAUACCUUACCUUAGCUUCCAUUAUUCUGGAGUCGUCGUCUUUUUUUCCCUCCUUUUCGACAACACGUGUCGAACUUUGCUCAAUUUAAGCCUCGCACUUUCACUUACCCUCGAGCAAUUUCGCUCCUGGUUUCUUGUCUUCCACUUGAUUCAUCUUGGUUCUCGUCUUUGUACUCUCCUCUCAUCGCAAUGGCCGAAACCGCUACCUCUCCCGCUCCUGCGGCGGACAAGGCCGACAAGCAAGCUAAUGUUCGACCUGCCAAGCCCGAUGAGAAUCUCUUUAAGCAGGAACUUGCAAAGGCUGAGAAGGAGCACAAGGCUUCAAUGGACCGUCUGGCUGCUGUCAAGGCUAAGAUCGAGAUUGCUAUGCCCAACAAGAACAAGGACCAGCCUAACCCAACCCAAAAGCGACGACAAGAGCUCAUUGCUCAGGCCAACGAGAUUCGACAGAAGCAGGCUGGCGGAAAGAACGCCCGUUCUACUAAGCUCGACCAGAUCAAGCGUCUCGAUGAGCAAGUUCGAAGCCGAAUCAAUGAGCAAAAGGCUGCGAAGAGCAAGGUUCCCUUCAAGAGCCUCGAGGACCUCGACCGCCAGAUUGCUAGUCUGGACGACAAGGUCAACUCCGGCACCAUGAAGCUGGUGGACGAAAAGAAGGCUUUGUCAGAUAUCUCCAGUCUCCGGAAGAUGCGCAAGAACUUCGGACAGCUUGACGAUUCCCAGAAGCAGAUCGAUGACCUUCGCGCCAAGAUUAAGGAGAUCAAGGACAGCAUGGACGACCCUGAGCAAAAGGCUCUCUCCGACCAGUAUAACAAGAUCCAAGCCGAGAUCGAUGCUAUCAAGGCUGAGCAGGACGAAGCUUACAAGGGUCUUUCCAGUCUCCGUGAUGAGCGCUCCAAGCUUCAGGCAGAACAGCAGGAAAAGUACACCGCCAUCCGUAAGCUCAAGGAUGACUAUUACGGACAGAAGAAGGCAUAUCAGGCCUACGACCGUGAGGCUCGAGAGCGUUACCGCGAGAAGCAAAGGGCUGAGCAGGAGCGCUACCACCAAGAGCGAAAGAAGGCUGAGGCUGAGCGUCGUCUGGGUGAUGCCAGCGACCCUGCCUACCUAGACGAGAUCCGCCGCGCCCACAGCCUGCUCCAAUUUCUCGAUCCUAACCACAAGGUUGAGAAGGGUCCUCUGAUGGCCGAUACGGGUCUCGGUGCUCAGGCCCAACGAAGCGUUGACGAAUCUGGCCUCAAGGGUACCAAACUCCUUCGCAAGGAAGACCGUGAUGAGGAGUACGCCCCUGCGGUGAAGAAGGGUAAGAAGGGCAAGAAGACUGCUCACGGCGGCUCAUCGAACAAGUUCAACGUUCCCCCAGCUGUGGUCGAGGACUGUGCUGCCAUGGGUAUCGACCCUCCCAUGAGUGCUGCCGAUAUCCCUGCUGUUGCUGAGAAGGUCCGUGCCAAGCUCGAUUUCUGGAAGAAUGACCAGGAUGCGCAGACGCAGCGUAACAUUGAGAAGGCUAAGAAGGAGAUCGCCGAACUCGAGGCCGCUGAGGCUAAUGGCGACAAGGUUGAGCAGACCACUGCUGACCUGAAGGAGACUUCCAUUGCUGAUAAGCAGGAGUCGUAAACUUCCUUCUUAUCGCAACAUCGGUUGCUCGUCGGUAAUAUCCCAUACCGUCGAUGCUUCUUGGGCUUACUACUCCCCCCUGCGCGCUCUCUACCUCGCCCUAGUUGAUAUUAUUGUCCUCGUCCUUUCCGAUCUGUUGGAUUCUUCCGGCGCCUACUCGGCAUACCGAAUCAAACGUUGAGCUUAUAUCAAACGUUAUUCAAAGUUGUCUUGCCCACCAACUUUAUUGCCCGAGUUACUUCCUGCUUCAUACAUCCCUCCCCCCCCCCCCCUCUUUCAACGCCACAUGCUCGAAUCUAAAAAGCGCUUUUUGUGCUGUUUUUGUAAUUAGGCGCAGUUUCUUAUUAAAGUCAUGCGCAAGGAAAAUGACAAAAAGUUAGUUCAACUUGAUGAUGCAUUGCAUCUAUUAUCGUUUAAAGUUGCGUGACUUGAAGCUCGGUUAUCGGGUUCCCUGUAGAUCUAAACCCUAAGGUCGGGUUUAUUGCUUACUGCCGCUCAUGGACAGAUUUGCUCAGACAUGAUGAGCUCAUGUAAAUCUGCAUCGAAGUUUUAGUUGGGCUAAGCCUGGGGUCGGGCAUAUACUACUGUGCC